AGUGACCAGAGGACUCUGACACACAUCUGAAGCAGUUGCAGCACGACAACCAACACUUCAAACAUGUCUCUGAAACUGGUGUUGCUGGUAUGUGUUACUGUGAUGUUGACUGAGGCUCUGCCACGCUACAUCGCUAUUCCUUUAGAGGACGUGCGCAUGGUGCCACAUGUGCGCUCUGCACCAGUGUAUCCAAGGCUGGUGCGUCACGUGCGCUCAGCGCCGAUGUACACACAGGCGCAGACGCAGCCGCAGCCGCGGCCCUCAGGCACCAUGAUAGAGGCGAGAUCUGACGGCUCCGAGCCACAACAAGCCGAUGGUUCUGACCGCUACGAGCGCCAGGCUGUCGCCGGCUACGUUGGCGGGAGCGAUCACGUAGAUUACGGAGCCUACACCGGAGGCUACGGCGCCUUCGGCUGGUACACCGACCACCCCGUGUGUAUAAACUGCGGUUAUUACGGUUACCACUAGUGCUAUCCUACCGCGAUGAACCGGCAUCCCACGGACCGUGGCCGGACCGCUCUGGACCACGAAGCUCCGUACCCACUAAAUACAUCACCACCACCACACAGGUGCUCCUGACAACCUACAGGCAGGUGGGAACCUACUGCCGGUACCUACACGCGCACACACACACACACACACACACACACACACACACACACACACACACACACACACACACACACACACACACAACACAACACACACACAACACACACGCUACCGCA